AUGUCGAGCAGGCCAUUCGGCUGCCGUUAGGGUUUCCGAGAAUUCGCCCGGCGGACUCGGACCCGGCAGCUCCUCUCCUCCUCUCUCUACCCAAUCUGCAACCUCACCUUCCCCGUCACCACUCUUCUCCUUGUCCAGAUCGAUUCCAUCGCGGUUCACCUCGUCUCCAACUCGGACAGACGCCAGCGCGUUCCUCUGCUCGUUCCGCCGCCGGGACACCUCGGGCGGCCGCCCGACCUCGCCUCAGUGGUGGAUCCGCCCCUGGCUAGAUCCAACCUCUCCCCUGCUCCUCCUCGUCCGCCGCUGGUAAUCGGCCAUGUCCAGUGUCCUACCGCCCUCUCGUCCACUGCAAGGUAAAAGCAACAUUAAUGGCGUCAACAAAGAACUGGAUUAUGACCCCCAGUGUGGCAUGAGCAAGGAGGAGUUCGAAUGGCGACGCAGUCGAGUAUCGACUGUAUGUCAGCGUGUGCCCGAGGCAUUGUACAAGUUUCAGAUUGAGUCGGAGAAGGUGCGGCUCCACUUCCGCGAUGACCCUCGUGCCCUCAAAAUAUGGGAUGAGUACAUACAUGAUGUCCAUCUUGCAGCUUCUCGUAACCUGAAGUAUUCCCUUUCUUUAUAUGCCCAGAAAUCUGGUUUGUAUGAGCAGCUAAUGAGACAUGCCUGCUCCAAUACUUCUGUUGGCAUGUUGGUUGGGCGAUAUGACAAGUUGAAACGUGCUACCAGAAACAAGAUGGUGCCUAUAGCUGUGGUAGUAGCCAGUACCGCUGCUGCAUUUGCUACUGGACUUGGACCUCGUCUAUCGAAGCAACAGCAGGCCAAUGACACCAAGCAGUAGUACCGGUGGACCAUGUUAUGUUUGUGUUAUAUGGGUCACUUUGUUAAUUUAAUACUUUCUGGUGUUAGUUAUGAAAUAUCGUUGGAACAGUGAAAGAUACAUUCUCGUUAGUUAUGAAAUAUCGUUAGGACUGAAA